AUUUGGGUCAAUCGAAAAGUUUAUUAAUACAGAUGCUGUCACCCUCCCAGGUGUUGAAGUGGAAUGGUCCACCGCCAUUUUGAUGAAGAAACGGAUCAAAAUUUGAAGAAAGUUUUUAAGUUUAAAUAUGAAGCCCGAAAUAGGGUUUCUAUUAGUAUUCGCAGUGUUCAUAACACUGUUGAAGAAAGGCAAUGCUAUAAGGUGCUACCAAUGUGACAGCAAUGAAGAUUCGUCAUGUCCAUCACAUCGCCCAUUUGAUACAACAGUCAAUGCAUUAACAGACUGUAGUAGUUUUGAAGCCAAAACACCAGGAACAUUCUGCAUGAAAAUAGUUCAGGAAAGCCCAGGGUGGGGAGGUUGGAUUAAGAUAACAAGACGAUGUGGUUCAAGGGCUGAUCAGGGUGUUGCAUGGGGAUGCAGGUGGUUCUGGGAGGAGAAUGGCGUGUGGAAGGAAGUAUGUUAUUGUGACAAUUAUGAUGGAUGUAAUAGUUCUUCGACAAUAUCUAAAAACAUUUUCUUAAUGGCUGCUGGCUCAGUUGCUGUAUGGUUGCUGAGAAGUCUAUAGGGUCAAUUUGGACUGUAAAUCUUGAAAAUAGCCAAUUUAGGACCCACUUUGUAUACCUAUCUAUGCCUUAAAGGUAGACUUGCUUAAAGGCCAAGUGACCCCCCACCCCCUCGCCUCAUCUUAAAAAGGUGUAGUAAAUAGUGGGGGAUCCUUGAUCCAAACUUGGCUUGAUGCAAGACUUUUAAAAAGAUUUCACAAUAUAUAACUUUUCAUCAUCAACAUUCCAGUAUUGGUAUCAUCGAGAAUCAAGCAUGCUAUAGCAGACUGAAAUUUCUUAAUUUGCAGAGAAUAAUGUUUUUAUUAACAAUUUUGACCAUUCACAG